AUGGUAACAGCUUGGUCACCAGUGUUGGAGAGAAUCUUAGUUGCAGGGCCUGACUCUCUAAUGCUUAGUUCUCAGACUGAAAGAAAGCAAAUUAGGGGCUACCCUAGUCAAUCCCAACCUCUCGAUGGAACAGUCAACAAUAAUGAAGAGGCUGCUCCAGUGUUGAACAGCUUUACUUCUGGCACGCACCAAACAAAUCAUUCCUCGAACUAUCCUGGACCCUAUGCAGGACAGAAAACUUCUGUACUGGGUUCUUCAGGUAUACCUUCCACUACUGCUAGUUACACACAUCAAGGCUCAUCUUUAGCAACUUUGAACAGCCAACAAAUUCUGUCCAGCACAAACAACCAAUCUCAGGGAAGCUACUCUGGGUCACAGAGUCAAACCAAUUCUCACUAUCCCUCAACAACAUAUAGUAUUCCACAGGCCAUGUACUCUGGUUCCUCACAGACUCCAGCUGGCUCUUCAUUUUCUUCACAGAGAG